UGUGUUUCCCUGGCCGGCGGCGCUCGGCGUGCUGAAAGCGGCACUGCACAAAGCCCGGAGCGGCGGCGAGCCCUGCGUGUGCCGGAGCUGGUGUGUGUGCGGUGUGUGUGCGUGUGCGGUGUGUGCGGUGUGUGCGAGUGGCGUUUCUUGUUCUCUUGCAGGGUACAAUGUUAAAAAGCCACCGCUAGUCGCCCCCAGUGCUCCUACUCUCUGGGUCUUUUUGUCUCUAGUGCAGAUUAAACGUCACGUCCGCACUUGAACUUGAAUUUUAUCCCAUUGUACAGAGGCAGCCCCAGCCAUAGAGAGACAGAGCGCUCCCAGAGAACCAGGACUCCGCCAUCUUCACAUUGCAAUAUAUAAUAGUAAUAGCCAGCACCAGCCCAGCUGCACUGGGGGCUUCCUUCCUUCCAGUCCCGGUGCCAGGCGAGGGGGGAAGAGUGCAAAGUGGUGCAGGAGCACUGGCAAUCCAAAAGCACCAGGGCAAAGCAGUGCCACUUGAACUGGGAAAGAGGAGACACAGUUUCGGCUACCCCUUUUCAAAAAAAUUCUCUCUAUAUAUCUACCCAGCAAGGGUCAAUCUCUGAGAAACAUUUUUUGGCGAUUUUUUUUUUUUUUUUGUGGGGGCUAUCCCAAUUCCAGUACUUUUCUUCUUUUUUUGUACAUUUUUUUUUUAAUUUUAAUUUUUUUUCUUUUUCCUUUUUUUUUUUUUUUUUUUUAAAUUUUUUUUUUUUAACCCUCCUGGUGGAAAAGCGCACUUGCCAAUUUGCCAAGCACUCUGGAAAGAGGAAAAGAGAAAAGUGUCACUGGUGGUGCAUAUCCUCCUAAGUUCAAGAAGAGAUCUGGAAGUCCAAGUGGCAGAAGCAGUGGAGAAAAGACAGUGUGUGAAAGAGAAAGAGAAAAAGAGCGAGAAAGAGCUUUUCCUGAUGAUGAUGAUGAUUUUUAAUUGAGAGGGAAUCCCAUCCAGUGCACCACAGCAGCAACAAAAAAGGAGGCUUUUUUUCGUUUUUGAUUUUUUUCUGAAAGAAGAACUCGAUAAAGAAGAGGAAGAAUAAAGAGGAAAAAAAAAAGAGGAGGACGAUCGGCCCCCCAACACAUCCCCCCAAACCGGUGCAGCUCUCCAGGCGAUGCCAGUGUAAAUGCCAGGGCAAUGUCCCGUCGCAAGCAGGGAAACCCGCAGCACUUGUCACAAAGAGAGAUUAUCACACAGGCUGACCAUGUGGAACCGGCGCUGGCCGACGAGGACGAGAGCCUGGCAAUAGCAGACCCAGGCGGCAUCAGCAUUGCCGCAGGCGGGACAGACCCCGACUUGUUGACCUGUGGACAGUGUCAGAUGAACUUCCCGCUGGGAGACAUCUUGGUUUUUAUAGAGCACAAGAGAAAACAGUGCAAUGGCACUGGUGGUGUCUGCUAUGAAAAGAGCAUGGAUAAGAGCAGCCCUCCCCCCUCCUCACGCGCCGAGCUCAGGAAAGUGUCAGAGCCAGUGGAAAUCGGGAUCCAAGUCACACCCGAUGAAGAAGACCGUCUUCUCACGCCUACAAAAGGAAUUUGCCCCAAGCAGGAGAACAUUGCAGGUAAAGAUGAGCCUUCAAGCUAUAUUUGCACAACAUGCAAGCAGCCUUUUAAUAGCGCUUGGUUCUUGCUUCAGCAUGCCCAGAACACACAUGGAUUCCGCAUCUACCUGGAAACAAGCCCUUCAAACAGUUCCCUUACUCCACGCAUCACCAUCCCUCCUCCUCUGGGACCGGAGACUGUUGCACAGUCCCCGCUGAUGAAUUUUCUUGGAGACAACAACCCCUUCAACCUUUUGCGCAUGACAGGACCCAUCUUGCGUGAACACCCCGGCUUUGGUGAGGGUCGGCUCCCAAACACGCCUCCGCUGUUCAGCCCACCGCCUCGUCAUCAUCUGGAUCCACAUCGCCUUAGUGCCGAAGAAAUGGGGUUAGUUGCCCAGCAUCCCAGUGCCUUUGACAGAGUUAUGCGUUUAAACCCCAUGGCAAUUGAGUCCCCAGCGAUGGAUUUCUCCAGAAGGCUCCGAGAGCUGGCAGGAAACAGUUCCACCCCUCCGCCAGUCUCACCCAGUCGCACCAACCCUAUGCAUCGUCUGUUGAAUCCCUUCCAGCCGAGUCCUAAAUCACCUUUUUUGAGCACCCCGCCACUGCCCCCCAUGCCCCCCAGCAGCACUACGCCUCCCCAGCCUCAGGCCAAGAGCAAGUCCUGUGAAUUUUGUGGGAAAACAUUCAAGUUCCAGAGUAACCUUAUCGUGCACCGGCGCAGUCACACAGGAGAAAAGCCCUACAAGUGUCAGCUCUGUGACCAUGCUUGCUCCCAGGCCAGCAAGCUAAAACGUCACAUGAAAACGCAUAUGCAUAAAGCUGGCUCCAUGACGGGCAGGUCAGAUGAUGGACUGUCCACCACUAGUUCCCCUGAGCCAGGCACAAGUGAGCUCACUGGAGAGGGACUGAAAUCCAGUGAGGCAGAUUUCAGGAAUGAGAGCGAUCCUUCCCUGGGCCAUGACAACGAAGAAGAGGAAGAGGAGGAGGAGGAGGAAGAGGAGCUUGAAAAUGAGAGCCGGCCAGAGUCGAGUUUUAGUAUGGACUCAGAGCUGAGUCGUAACCGAGAAAAUGGCUCCAAGUCCCUGCCAGAUGAGAAAUCCCUCGUCCUGGGAAAAGUCAUCGAGAAUGUAAGUCUAGGUGCCAUUCAGCAAUAUAAUGACAUGUUAGCUGAGAAACAGAAGAGGAGUAGCUUCAUGAAGAGGUCCUCUGACCAGCGAGACUUGUGUCCUCGAGACCUCUGUCAGAGAGAUCCGGGCGACGAAGACUCAGUGGUAGGAGAGCUGGACCGCACUGAGGAAGGUACGGUCAAUGGAAGAAACUUUGGCCCGGGUGAACCCUUCCCAAACUUGUUCCCCCGCAAGCCAACGCCUAUCACGAGCCCCAGUUUAAACAAUUCCUCUAAAAGAAUAAAGGUAGAGAAAGAUUUGGACUUGCCACCAGCAACGAUCAUACCUUCUGAAAACGUUUACUCCCAGUGGCUGGUAGGGUAUGCAGCAUCGCGGCACUUCAUGAAGGAUCCGUUCCUCGGAUUCACAGACUCCCGACAAUCCCCCUUCGCGACCUCCUCCGAGCACUCGUCGGAGAACGGGAGCCUGCGUUUCUCCACCCCGCCGGGGGACAUGCUGGACGGGGGGCUCUCAGGGCGCAGCGGCACGGCGAGCGGAGGCAGCACCCCCCACAUCAGCGGACCCGGCCCCGGGCGACCCAGCUCGAAGGAAGGACGCAGGAGCGAUACAUGUGAGUACUGUGGCAAGGUCUUUAAGAACUGCAGCAAUUUGACGGUACACCGUCGGAGCCACACUGGAGAGCGGCCUUACAAAUGCGAGCUCUGCAACUAUGCAUGUGCCCAGAGCAGUAAGCUGACGCGCCAUAUGAAAACGCAUGGCCAGAUAGGGAAGGAGGUCUACCGCUGCGACAUUUGCCAGAUGCCCUUCAGUGUUUACAGCACCCUGGAGAAACACAUGAAAAAGUGGCAUGGAGAACAUUUGCUGACAAAUGACGUCAAAAUUGAGCAGGCAGAAAGAAGCUAAGGCCCCCCA